AACAUAUGGUUAGGCACACACCUAACUUAACAACCACCGGAAGUGAAUAAUUACAAAAGAGUUGGUUUUUCAUUUUCCCUUGAUCCAGAGUUGUCCCGUUCUACAAUUCUGGCAAAAUUUGUCUAGAAAAAGUCAGAGCACCAGACCUUCUUUUACUCCAAUCCUAUCGGAUAACAUCCACUUUUAGAGCAUUAACAUUCCAAAUAUUAACUCAUAAUAUUGGGAUCUCCAAUCACGUGUCCAUCUUAUACCAUCCACAUUACAAUUCAUUUUACACCAUCACAAGAAAAGGCAAAUAAAUCUGUUAUAUUCUCAUGUAAACCAGUUUUUAUUUUGACACAACAAAGACUUUGUCCAACCGACAACAAGUAAUUACUGCUGCAUUUUUUCUCUUGUCGUUGUUGUUGUUGUGGUUGUGGAACUUCCUGAUCAUCGGAUGAACCCAGUAUAUAUUUGUUUUCCCUGCCUCUUCUGAAAUCUUUUCCAGGUUCUUAAAAUCUUUUUAAAGCAUAAUCAAAAUAAACGAUGGCGUUCACUGGAACUCUUGACAAAUGCAAGGCCUGUGACAAGACUGUUUAUGUUGUUGAUAUGUUGUCUCUUGAAGGAGUUCCUUAUCAUAAAUCUUGCUUCAAAUGCAGCCAUUGCAAAGGAACUCUUGUGAUGAGCAACUACUCCUCCAUGGACGGAGUCCUCUACUGCAAGACGCAUUUUGAGCAACUCUUUAAGGAAUCUGGCAAUUUCAGCAAGAACUUUCAAGCAGGCAAAACUGAGAAGCAGAAUGACUCGUCUAGGGCACCCCCCAGCAAAGUCUCUUCGUUGUUCUGUGGAACCCAAGACAAAUGUUCUGCUUGUGGAAAAACAGUGUACCCUCUGGAGAAGGUGACAAUGGAAGGGGAAUGUUUUCACAAGUCAUGCUUCAGGUGUGCACAUGGAGGCUGUCCACUUACACAUUCAUCCUAUGCUGCUCUUGAUGGAGUCCUCUACUGCAAGCAUCAUUUUGCCCAGCUUUUCAUGGAGAAAGGGAGCUACACCCAUGUCCUUCAGGCCGCUUCGCAUAAGAGAUCUACCUCCUCUACCACACCACCUCCUGAACUGGCUGAGCCAACAGAGGAUGCAUCAGCUCCUGCUGCCGAAGAUAACUCAGAAGAUCGCUCUUAAACCUAUUGCUUAGCAGCAUGCUAUAAUAUAAUGGUUUCUUGCAUCAUUACCUUUUUCAUCAAGUUGUCUAAAGUUUGGUUUUUGUUGGCAGAUGCAGCCAUCAUGUUGAAUGAUCAUUUUUUGUCUAAUUUCUUCACAAAAUUUGUUCUUGAAUUUUCCUUAUGUGUGUUAUUAUUGAUACAAUAUAUUGAAUUCCUGCACCAUUUUUGCCA